GCCAAGUAUCCAAGUGCGCAUGCGGUAAAGCAAAGUCUCGGCUCUCUCGAGAUUUCGCCUACCCGGAAGCUCUGGAGGACGGUUCCCGGUAAACGGCGUCGCCAUGUGUGGGGACUGUGUGGAGAAGGAAUAUCCCAACCGGGGUAACACUUGUCUGGAGAAUGGAUCUUUUCUACUGAACUUUACAGGAUGUGCAAUAUGCAGUAAGCGGGAUUUUAUGCUGAUUACUAACAAAUCCCUGAAAGAGGAGGAUGGAGAAGAAAUAAUUACCUAUGAUCAUCUGUGUAACAAUUGUCAUCAUGUCAUAGCCAGGCAUGAGUAUACAUUCAGUAUCAUGGAUGAAUUUCAGGAAUACACCAUGCUGUGUCUGUUAUGUGGCAAAGCUGAAGAUACUAUAAGUAUUCUCCCUGAUGACCCUCGACAAAUGACUCUGUUAUUCUAAGAUUCCUAGUUUUGUUGUAACCAUGCUGGUUAGUUUAAAAUACAGCAAUACUGAUGUUUUAUGUAACAAUGAAACUUUUUUGCAUGCUUUUUUGUUUUGUUUUUACUGCUUAAACAGCAAUUCUUUGAACAAAAAAGUAAUGAGGAUUUGUACUGUUCUAGAGCCAUGCUGUUUUGUUGAAGUUUCUAGUUAACAAUUAUUUAGCCUGAAAGUAUACCUCGGGCUCAGAUCUUGAUUUUCCAUAGAAGGAACCCGAACUCCUUCGGAAAAUGUUUGGUAUAGGGCAGGAAAUAUGCAAGAUGAGCCCAGAGAAUCUAUGCCACACACACAUAAAAAUAUGACCAGGAGUAUGUCAGACAAAGGAGCAACUAGAGGAGCUCCCAGAGACCACAGCUGAGCAAAAAUAAAUGAAGUGCUACUGGAUUAUGAUCCAAACUAUAUAAUAAAUAUGAGUCCAUUCUGAUUAAUAUGUGAUUGAAUGAAUGAGAUGAAGAGGUAAAAACAGGUCUCUCGUGAGUAAAUAAUUUCUUUUCUUUUCUUUUCUUUUUUUUUUUUGCCAGUCCUCUGGCUUGAAAUCAGGGCCUGGGCAC